AUGAGCUACAUCACUCGCCGAGGUCUUUCGACCCUGAUCCCUCCCAAGAUCGCUUCUCCUAAUGCGAUUGGUGCUGCCAAGGAUGCUGCCCGUAUGGACCGCGUUGUGAACUUCUAUGCCCGCCUUCCCCGUGGCUCGGCCCCUGAAGUUAAGCCUACUGGUCUCAUUGGCCGCUACCAGGCUCGUUACUUCGGCAAGAACCCCUCUGCUGCUCCCCUCGCUCACGCCAUCGGUGGCAUUCUCCUCCUCGGCUACAGCAUGGAGUACUACUUCCACCUCCGUCACCACAAGAACCACCCCCACUAA